CUAGGUUGCAGACUACAUAAAGCAAGAAAAAACGCAAAUAGUAUGUGCUUUCUUCUCUCCAGGCGGGAAUCAUGUAGGCUUCUCGACGCACUUUUGUUCUAUACUAACAAACCUCUGUUCGAGUGGAGGUUUAUUUCUUUGUUGUAGCUAAUGGUAAUGGGUAUCUUUCGAAUGCCUCUACGACUACCUUGCUAAUAGAACAUGUCAUCACCUUCGUCUACGACCGCUGGACCAUGUGGUGCUGCAACAGCACUAGUACCUCCAGAGUCGAACAUUAUGCAGCAAGAUCACGCUGGCACAAGACCCGCCGUCGGCAUCAUAGGUGAUGGUCUUGGUGGUCGGCAACCAGAACUACCUACCAGACCAGUCGGCAUCGUCGGUGGUGGUCUUGGUGGCCUUGCUCUCGCAGUAAAGCUCGAAGAGGCAAAGAUACCUUAUCUCGUGUUUGAGCGCGACGCGCACGUGGGAGAAAGGAAGCAGGGCUAUGGCAUGACACUCACGCCAAGCGGCCUUCGUGGCUUAGGCAUCGAAGGACAAUGUCGAGCACGAAGUCAGGCAUCCGACAGACAUUGGGUGUUUGACGGUCGGGAUGGACAGAUUUUGGGGUAUUUUGGAAGAGGACUUGUGCAUUUGGAGGAUGAACAAAAGGAACAGGCGGAUGGAGGUGUAGACGAGGACAAGGACAAUGGAAAUCAUGGUUGUAACAAAGCUGACUACAAUGUUGAGGAGGACGCUAAAGAUGAACGAGAAAGUACGGCAGAGUCGAAGUCUUCUAGUCCUGCAACAUCCUCCUCUAGCUCAUCCUCAGGAGAAAACAAUUUCCGUAUACCACGCCAGGAGUUGAGACAGAUGCUUCUUCAGAAGCUCCCAUCAGAAAAAGUCAUGUGGGGUAUGCAACUUCUCGACUUUGAAGAAGAGAGGGAUCAUGCAGAUGAAAGUGGUGUAAUUGCGAAAUUCAACAGGACUGCUACUCCGAUGGUAGUAAAAGACGAGCGAGGUGGAGAUGAUUCUCCAACGUCAGCAAGAACAGGCUCAACACAUAGAAGUACAGUAUCUACAGCAUCACCUACAACAUCUACACCAUCUACAUCAUCUACCGCACCCUCAACACCAUCUUCAGCCUCGACGACACAAGUGAGAGGUGAUGAUAGAGUCGAGAUUGCGUGCUCUCUGCUAGUAGGAGCGGAUGGAAUUCGCAGUCAAGUGGCGCGUUUGCUGAUGGACAAGAAGUGGUCGUCGUCCUCUGCGGAAAGGAAAGGUGAUCAGGGUGCUACAAAAAAGAGCCACGACAACGACGACUACACCGCAUCGUCUUCCUCCCUCAAUCCCCUGAACGUCUCUGUCGUAAUCGGACUGAGCAGGUUGAAACAUCCAUUAAUCCGUCGUGGAGGCUUUUAUGCUUUUGGAGAUGGCAAGAGGCUUUUUGUGAUGCCCUUUUCAGACGAGUUGACAAUGUGGCAAUUGUCCUUUAGUGAUAAAGGGGGAAAGAUGUUGGAGAGGGUGAAAGGAGAGGCUGGGGCGGAUUCGGACACUAGUGGAAACAACGUGCAAGAGAAGAAGGAUGUCGCGGAAAGAAUAGCAACAGCCAACGAACGGAUCGUGGAAAACUGUCCUCAACGGAAUCAAAAAUCAGAACGAGCCUGCGCUACACCAACAACAAAUACAUCUUCACUACCGAAGAGGCUACAGAAGUUCGUACUCGACGAUCUGCUAAAGGACUGGUUUCCAGCUUGUCGAGAACUGGUGGAGCAAACGGAGAUUUUAGAGACUUGGGCCACGCAUCUGUAUGACCGGGAUCCGACACAGGUGUUGCCUUCGUAUAUGGAUAGCAGCGCUAGUACUCAAGCAUCUAGAUGCACGAGCAGUACUAGUCCUCAAGCAUCUACAUGUACGUCCUCAAAGCACCAACAUGACAAUCCCAAACAGUCAGUGGCAAAGUCUAAAGACCCUAGUAGUUCCAGAGGAUCACGUCCACGACCGUUGGUUACAUUAUUGGGCGACGCCGCUCAUGCCAUGAGCAUGUUUAAAGGCCAAGGAGCCAAUCAGGCCUUGUUGGAUGGACAGUUGCUGGCCAAGUUGUUGAUCAAAGCUUCUAGUACGAGAACUUCUAGUUCCAGUACGAAGGCCCUGAGAAACUGCCUAAGCCGAUUUGAACGGGAGAUGUGUCAAAGAGCUGGGGCUAAAGUUUUUCAGAGUAGGGAAGCGUGUAGGAAUUUACAUGUGGAAGAUGUAGGGGACGUUUUUCCAGCUGCUGGAGGAAAGGUCAGGAAGCAUGGUGCAGAGUUGCAAGCAGCAAGGCCAGACACUUCAGUAGAUCCCCGGUCUUUAUCUGUAUGUUGUGGUCGAUACAGCGAUGGUCUAUUUGAAAGAGACUACAGGUUGUCUUCAAGUGCGUCAGUCCCUGCUUUCGUCCAUUACCUUCACACAACAGCUCAGGUAACGGCAAAGAGCAUAGUCGUGCCUAAGGCUCAUGAAGCAGAAGACAGUGCUCAUGAAGCAGAAGGCAAAGAUGAGGGCGAAGUACAACUUUUGGAGACAGCAGUACUGAAAGCUCAUAGAGAAUGGAAAAGGAUGUAUUCUUGAAUCCAUUCCCUCCCCCAUCCCGUGAAAAAAGCGAUUGCAUUAUAUCAGAGUAGUUUAUAGCACGCAUGGUGCAUGGAGUAGCAUGGAGUGCAUGGAGUGCAUGGAGCGCAGAGCUUUAAGGGGCGCAAGAAGCUCCCCCUUUAGCUCCAUGCUACUCCAUGCGAUCCAUGCACUCCAUGCCAUGCGAGCUGUGGAACCUUAUAAGUUGCUCUGUUAUAUCUAUGCUCUUUUCUUUUUUUACUUUUCCUAGUUGGGUUGGCUCGCUCCACCCCUCAUCUUCAUAUUAUAUAUCUAUGCUCAUCUUCAACGAAGAACUC